CACCUCUAAUCUGUAAUCUAAGAAGGUUAUGGUAUUUGUAAACAAAAACAUUGAAAGACGUUGAAUUUGAAACACAACAUAAUAAUAACGAUAUAUUUCCAAAGGAAAUUACGAAUAUUGCUGAAAAUAUGAAUGACGAGGUGGUGGUUUACUGUCAAACUCAAAUUAUAGAAAGUGGCCUUGUUCUCGAUGAAGACUUGAUCUUCAUUCAAAUGGUCGAACGAAAAGUUGUAAAACCUGCCACUGGUAUCACACGAGGUAUCAUUUUGUUAGCAACUGCAGCAGGCACAACAUUUUUGGCUAUGAAAAAAGGCAGUAAAAUCAAAGCAAUAUCCGCCGGAGUAAUAUUGAUUUUACCAGCUGCUUCUUCACUUUUCACGUCAGUUCGUCAAAAAAGAAAAUCAGAAAACCAAAAGAAAUGGAUUCUUGAGCUUUUGAAUGAAUUCAAAAAUCUUUCGAGGAUUCAUUUAGAAGUUACUGACUUCUUCAAAUGCUUCACAUGUUCCAUAGAAUCUUCAAGUAAUCCAUACAUGAAAAUAUCUGAAGAUACAAUUUAUGACCUCUCGAAAUCUUCCUGUGAUGUGCAGGUUUUAAUAACGAAUGAAAUGCUUAAAGUUAUCAGUGAAAUACAUGUUGGACUGCAGGAUGUGACUCUUGAUCUCACAGAGUUUGAAAAAACAACAGCUGCUCCAUUAGUUCAUGACACUAUAUUGGGAUGUCUUCGUAAUGCUAAUUUUGUUGAAGGACAAGUAGUUCUUCUUAGGUCACAUCUAUUGACUAGUAUGUUUCUAGUAUCUUCUUCGAAGGGUAAUCGUGCAGUUUUUUCAAAAGUAUUGAAUAAAAUAGUUCCUUCAUUGGUGAUUCUCUUGAAGAACAGUAUCAAUGAAAUCAAACUUUCAUUGGACAAAACUCGUUUUCCAAAUAAUCCACCUUCAUUGAGCUUAACCAAAAUUGAAAAUAUUUUUGCACAAAAAAAACUGGUAUCUGUACCUAGAAUGAGAAGGCACAUCAUCAAAAUUAAUGAUGGUAUUUGCUGUACCUUGAUGAAAUUGCGAGUAUUACUGGAUACAUUAGAAAAUGUUGAAGGUGAAUCCCAAAUGUUUUUUCUCCAAGAAGCUAUUUCAACUUUAACACAGGAACUACAAAAGUGCUAUAUGUCAUCUGCUGAUCUUGAAAAACUCAUUGCACUAUUGAACCGCAACUUGACAUAUACGAAAUUGGAUCCAAAGACAAUACUAGAAGUGCCUAAGAAUGAUUUGGACUCAUCCACCUUAACCAGCGAAAGGGUUGUAACAGAAAUGGAGGAACUGAUAGAUGAUUCAGAUUACCAAGUUUUCGCCAAUGAAAUAAGUGAUGAUGAUAAUGAAGGUCAUGCGGUGCGCUUUUACAAACGCUUCAUGAAUAAUGAUGUUGAUUGGCUAGCGGAACUGAAACAAUCUGAUGAAUUCCAGAGAAGGCAGACCAAAUUUCAUACAGGACUACCUGUAACAUCCACUCCUGUGGAGCCUUCUUAUGGAAGUCAAGAUGGGAGAGAAUUAUUUAAAACUGCUCUCUCGCAUGAAGCAUCAUCAUCUUCUGGGAUGCAGUUGAGGACUCCUCCACCACCUCCACCAUUGCCUGCAGCAUUCUCUGAUAUAUCAGAAAUUACGGUGGGAAUUUCAACUCUUUCCAAAACUCCGGAGUCAUCUUCAUGGAAAGAAUCAAGUGCCUCUUCCGUUCUAUAUGCGCCUGAGACUCAGCCUCUGAAGCCACUUACAACGGUGGAAAGUUCAUUGUUGGUGGAUUCCCUCAAGGGAGUUCUUGAUAAUAUGGGACGAAGGGACGAAGAGUACUUUGAGUAGUCCCUCUACUCCCUUUCAGUUCAUAUAGUUAUUUAAAGUUCAUAUAAUAAUUUAAAGUUCAUAUAGUUAUUUAAAGUUCAUAUAGUUAUUUAAAGUUCAUAUAAUAAUUUAAAGUUCAUAUAAUAUAAAGUUAUAUGUUUCGUUUAUUGUUCAAAUGGAGAUCUAUCUCAGUAAUGUACGAUAAUAUGUAAAAGAACUGAACUCAACAAUGGAGAGAAACAGAUUCUUAUACAACUGACAAUCUCUGUGAUAUAAAACGAUUAAAAGCAUAAUGUGAUAUUCAAUAAAAAAUUCUUAAUAA